CCCCACUAUCCCCACCAAUCUAUCCUCCCAUCUUAUCUACCUCGUCUCGUUCAUCCUUCUCGAACUUAGUGAAGAUGCAGAGUUCGGAUUUCUUCCGUUCCUUCAAACCCUCUCUUCUCCGCGCAAAUAACCGCAUCCCGCGGCAUUCAUCGUUCAUCCCUGCCCCCACAUUCCGGCACUCUUUUCCAUUCCGUCGUCUGAAUCGCCUGUACCUUCUCUACAAACGCUCAAACCCUAAUUCUCAGGUUUAUGCUGAGAAGGAAGAGAAGGAAUUUUGUGUCCGGGAACUGGAAAUCUCGGUCGAUGAGUUCGUCGAAACUGGAUGCUUUGAUUUGCCUGUGGAACUCUGCUUGACGCGAACUCUGGACCCAGCUUUGACCCUUACGCACGCGGUAGAUGCAAUGAAAGAGGCAGUCAAUAAGCUGAAAAUGGAUCCUCCCUGCUCUAGGAGUGGCGUUAUUAGGUUUCAGAUUGUUGUGCCGCCUAGUGUCAAAUCAUUGAAUUGGUCAUACUUGCAGGGUAAGUCGUUGGCUCCUUUUCCUCAAUUUUAUUUUGCAACAACGAAAAUGCAGGAGGACAUUAUGCUAACAAUAAAACCUCAAAUGCUUGGAGUUUCUGGAGUUGGGUCAGCAAUUACAUUUUGUGGAUCUUCAGAUGUCCUCAGAGGAUAUAAUAUGAUGGAAAGAUACCUUUCCCUUGAUUCACCUCUCUUGAGUGCAUAUGGGUUUAUUGGUAGUGAUUGGAACAGGGACUCAAAGAAAAUGUGUAAUCACUCUAGUUCUUUUUAUAUUUUUAUUCCUCAGAUAGAGGUGAAUGAAUUUGAGGACGUUUCUAUCCUGGCAUCAAAUAUGGUUUGGGAUAAUUCUCUGUCAUACAGAUUUGAGGAAGCUGUUCAUUCCUUGGAGAGAAGUCUCUGCCAGAUUAAUGUCCAUGUUUCCUCUGCCAGCACUCUCAUUUUUGACAAAUGGAACUGGUUCGAAGGUCAAUCAAACAAUAAAGAGAAGGAUGACUUUAAAAUGGUGUACGUAAAUGCUGAAACUCUCCAAAAAAUGCACCCAACGGGAAGAUUUUCAUCAUUGGAAGAGCUUACAAUUACGGACAAAUAUUAUUUUAGGUAUUCAACAACGGUCAUCUUCAGCAAGAGCAUGUUUAAACCUCCUUGUGGGACAAUUAAAAUAAAGGAUUGCAAGAAUAUCAAUCUCUUAUGGGCAUCACUCAUAGUCGAAGAACUUGUACGGCUUGGUUUGACGUACUUCUGUAUAGCUCCAGGUUCAAGAUCAUCGCCACUUGCACUUUCUGCUUGUGGCCAUUCCCUUACUACUUGCAUAUCUUGUUAUGAUGAGCGUUCACUUGCAUUUCAUGCUCUUGGGUAUGCAAGAGGAUCACACCAGCCUGCAGUCAUCAUAACAACAUCCGGAACUGCCGUGUCAAAUCUCCUUCCUGCGGUUGUGGAAGCUAGUCAGGAUUUUGUGCCUCUCCUCAUGCUCACAGCUGAUAGGCCUCCUGAGCUACAGAAUGUUGGCGCAAACCAAGCUAUUGAUCAGGUCAAUCAUUUUGGAAAAUUUGUGAGGUUCUUCUACAACUUUCCACCACCUACGGAUGAAAUCCCUGCAAGGAUGGUGCUGACAACCAUUGAUUCUGCCAUAUACAGUGCAACCCAGUCCUUAUGCGGCCCAGUACAUAUCAACUGUCCUUUCAGGGAGCCCCUGGAAGAUGUUCCUAAAGAAUGGGCUGUAGAUUGUUUGAGAGGACUAGAUUUAUGGAUGUCAAAGGAAGAACCUUUUACACAAUACAUAAAAAUUCAACAUGCUUGGGGUCAUUGUUAUGAGCAGAUUGUCAAGGUUCAAGAUGUGAUUUACAAUGCUAACCAUGGUCUUUUGCUGCUUGGUGCUAUUCACACCGAUGAUGAAAUUUGGGCUGCACUUCUUUUAGCUAAGCACCUAUCCUGGCCAAUUGUUCCUGAUGUUCUCUCAGGUCUACGGUUGCGCAAACUACUGACUUUAUGGCAGGAUAUUGAAGAUGACUUUAUAUUUCUUGAUCAUUUCGAUCAUGUUCUUCUUUCAGAAACUGUCAAGAGCUGGUUACAGCCAGAUGCCGUGGUUCAGAUUGGCAACAGGAUUACAAGUAAGCGUGUCAAUCAAUUGCUUGAUUCUUGCUCUCCAUUUGUGUAUAUCUUUGUAGACAAGCAUCCCAACCGGCAGGAUCCUUCUCAUCUUGUCACACAUCGGGUUCAGUGCAGCAUUAUUGAAUUUACUGAUAUUGUCUUGGCACAAAAAUCCCCAAGAAGAGGGAGAAGGUGGAGUCUCUUUUUAAAGGAACUAAAUCUGAUGGUUGCAAGGGAGAUAUCAUUUCAAAUAUAUUCUGAAAGCUCUUUGACAGAGCCAUUUGUUGCACAUCUCCUUGGGGAAGUCCUUGAAGGUGAUACUGCAUUAUUUAUUGGGAAUAGCAUGGUCAUACGGGAUUUGGAUAUGUAUGGAAAGGGCUGGCUAAAACCUUACAGCAGUUCUUUUCUACAUGAAAGAAGUUGCAGUCUGGCAUUCCUGCGGGUAUCUGGAAACAGGGGAGCUAGUGGUAUUGAUGGUCUUCUUAGCAGUUCCAUCGGUUUUGCAGUAGGAAGCAAAAAACGUGUUGUAUGUGUGAUUGGUGAUAUGUCUUUCCUUCAUGAUACAAAUGGCUUGGCAAUUCUUAGCGAUAGGACAAUGAGAAAACCAAUGACAAUAAUUGUCAUAAACAAUCACGGUGGUGCAAUCUUCAGUUUUCUACCUAUCGCUGAUAAGACACAGCAAAAUGUGCUAAACCAAUACUUCUACAUGUCACAUGAUAUCUCAAUUGGAAAGCUGUGUGGUGCUCAUAGAGUGAAGCAUUUGCUGGUGCAGACAAAAAUGGAACUGCAGCAUGCUUUACAGGAAUCGCAGCAAGAUUAUGAUGAUUGUGUAAUUGAAGUUGACAGUUCCAUUACAGAUAAUGCGAAGUUUCACAGCGUCUUAAGGAAGUUCUGUGGUCAAGCCGUUGAUCAAGCAUUUAGAGCCCUUUCUGUUGCCCCAAUAACUCAAUAUCUCUCUGAUAGCCUGUUUAUUUGUAAAAUCUGGAAAGUGGAGUACUCACUAUAUAGAAUUCAACUUUCUGCUCCAACGACAACUCAGAUCAAACAUUACGGGAAAGAUUUCUAUCAUGAAGGCUUUGUUCUAGCGAUAUCAUUGGAUGACAACAUUGUAGGAUAUGGCGAGGUAGCUCCAAUAGAAAUUCAUAAAGAGACUUUGUUAGACGUUGAAGAACAGCUGAGAUUUCUUGUUCAUGUAAUGAAGGGAGCUGAACUAAGUAGACAGCUUCCGUUGCUUAGCGGCUCCUUUUCACAUUGGAUAUGGAAAAUAUUGGGUAUUCCGCCCUCUUCUUUCUUUCCUAGUGUAAGAUGUGGCAUGGAAAUGGCUAUACUUGACGCAUUAGCAAGAAGAGAGGGUUCUAGCUUGUCAGGUUUCAUUGGAUACGAGAGCUACUUGUUAGGUACCCAACCAGUAGCUGAUAAAAACUUAUGCGAAGAGGGGAUACCAAUCUGUGCCCUUGUGGAUUGUGGUGGAACCCCAAAUUUGGUUGCUCAUGUCGUCUCUCAGCUGUUUCAUGGUGGUUUCAGUACAGUAAAGAUCAAGGUUGCACGACGGGAAGACCCCACUGAAGAUGCAGCUGUUAUCAGCAAAAUCAGAGAAAUGAUUGGCUAUCAAAUUAACAUUCGUGUGGAUGCAAAUCGCAAAUGGACCUAUGACAAGGCGGUUCAUUUUGGGUCAUCUGUUAAAAGCUUUGCAUUAGAAUACAUUGAGGAACCUGUAUGUUUUGAAGAUGAUAUUAUCAAAUUUUGUGAAGAAACUGGCUUACCUGUGGCACUAGAUGAAACAAUUGAUAAUAUCAGUGGAGAAGCUCUUCAAAAACUUGAGAAGUUUGUCCAUCCUGGAAUAGUUGCUGUUGUUAUUAAACCAAGUGUGGUUGGAGGAUUUGAAAAUGCUUCACUUAUCGCAAAGUGGGCUCAAAUGCAUGAGAAGUUGGCGAUUGUCAGUAGCGCUUUUGAAAGUAGUCUGGGGUUGUCAGCAUAUGUAAAAUUUGCUCUCUAUCUUGAGAAACAGAACAAAUCAAUAUCUGAAAUGAGAAAAGUAAAGCAGCCAGCUACUGCAGCCCACGGUCUUGGAACUUUUCAAUGGUUAAAGGAAGAUGUAUCAACCGAAUCCCUUAUAAUAUGUUGUCCUUCUCAUGGAAGAAGAGUGGAAGCCUCUAUAGGAGAUACUGAUAUCUUCCUUAGAAAUUUUCAGGUAAACCAUGAAGUAAUUAAGAGGAUUUACAGUGGUGAACAAGUCAGGUCUUACAAAUCAGAAGUCAACUGCAACGGUUUCUCCUAUUCAUUCAAGCUGAUGGAGACUGGUGGAAGUAAAGAUAUGCCAUUCAACUUGUUACCAGAAUGUUUUGAAAAACAAAUAAAGGUUCUCGGUAGCAGCCAAGAUUGGAUUCCGUUGAUGAAAGCUUUAUCAUCUACUACAAGAUGCAUCUCUAUUGACCUUCCAGGGCAUGGAGAAUCUUGCGUUCAGCAGCAUAAGAAAAAUUUGAAACAAGAAACUUAUCUAUCAAUUGAAUCGGUGGCUGAAAUGUUGCUGAAGUUGAUUUGUAGCACUACAACUGGAAGGGUUGCUCUGGUUGGAUACUCAAUGGGAGGAAGAAUUGCAUUGUACAUGUCUCUGAAGUACUGUGAAAAGAUAGAUGGAGCUAUCUUAAUAUCAGGAAGUCCUGGUUUGAGGGAUGAAAAUACUCAGAGGAUUCGCUUAUCUCAAGAUGACGCAAAGGCUGCUUACCUAUUAUUUCAUGGACUUCACAAUUUCCUGGAGACAUGGUAUGCAGGCGGCCUAUGGAAAAGCUUAAGGGAUCAUCCUCUCUUCCAUAAAAUAGUAAAGCAGCGCGAGAAACACGAAGAUAUCAAGUCCCUUGCAAAAUGUCUCACUGGCUUGAGCAGUGGAAGGCAAAGGCCACUUUGGGAUGAGCUAAACCACUGCAAGAAUCCUGUUCUACUCAUUGUGGGAGAAAAAGAUAUCAAAUUCAGAAGAAUCGCAGAGGAGAUGCGCAACGAAAUCAAAAACUCUUGUCCCAGUGAAGUUAACGGUAAAGGAGAUUUAUGUGAAAUGGUCGUAGUUCCAGAAUGUGGCCAUGCAGCGCAUUUGGAGAACCCUUUCCCAGUGAUUAAUGCUGUGAGGAAAUUCUUGACAAGACUGAACAGAAAAUAGCAUUUGUUUUAGAUUUCAGGUUUCUCUAGAAUUCAUCCCAGCUGAUCAACUGAAGCUUCAAUAAGGUACUAGUAUUAUUCAGGUUUAAUGUUUCUUUUCUUGCUACUGCUCACUGGUUUCUCAUUCUUUGGCAUGUCGAUGCCUCUAAGAUUUAGUUUAAAAUAAAUUUAUUCAACUUUUUAUCAUGUAUUUUUUAUUAAUCUAUGAUAUUUCAUUAGAAAUACUAUAAUUGUCAUUUCUGCA